GCGCCGUCCCCUGCACCAUCCCCUGCCCCUGAACCAUAGCUCUGAAUAUUUGAUUGCAGCAGGAAGAAAUGACGAUUUUUAGAGUUGCAGUCAGAUCAUUAAAUGGCUGUUUGUCGCACCAAUUUCAUCAGACUCAUUUUGCCAGACGUCUCUCAAUAUGGUCGAACAUAGGCAAUGGACCUAAUGACCAGCAAAACAAUAAUUCUCAUGAGUCUGUUGAGGAAUUUAGGCGGCGAAUAUUUGGCGAUACUCCUAGUGGCAAUUCCAAAACUGAUGCCUUAUUUGAUAAGCUUGAACGAAUGGGGAGGAGUCGUGAUAGGUCAAGCUCUAGAACUGAGAUGUUGAAUGAUCCGGAUGAAGGUUUUGACACAUUAACUGAUGGAAUGGAUGGAAAACUUGAGGAGGCAGCUGCAUACUUUGAAUAUGAUAUUGAGGAAGUAGAUCAAGAUGAUUAUUCUUUUCGCUAUGACGCGAAUUAUAGGCGUGCUUCGACAUAUGAUAUUAAGGAUCUUGAUCUUACAAAACCAGCUGCACCAAAAUUUGCCAGAGAUGACGAGUUCACAGUAACCACUGAAGAAGUUCUUAGAAAAGCAGAUUUCAGGAACGUGAGAUUCCUUGCAAACUUCUUAACACCGGCUGGAAUCAUUAUCAAGAGGAGCCAGACUGGCAUUAGUGCGAAGGCUCAAAGAAAGAUCGCCAGGGAGAUUAAAACAGCACGAGCUUUUGGGUUGAUACCCUUCACAACAAUGGGGACAAAGGCAUUUAUAUUUGGUAAAACUAUGGAGGAUCUUGAUGAUGAUUACGUGUCUCAGAGUUAUGAUCCCUACAUGGCCGUUAACAUGGAAGAUCGUUGAGUCUUAUGGUUACGCUGUGCAGUUAAAGUAACCUCCACUAUUCGACCUGACUUUUAAGAAAAAAUCCUCCCCACUUCCCUCUCCCCCAAUCCAAUAGACAGCUAAACUUAGCUGAGAAACUAUUGAUUUUUCAGGAAAUUUUGAUAGACAGGCACAGGCUGCUUAUGUAUUUACUUGUAUUAUUUAUUAAAUCAAAAUGAAACUAUUGAGUUUGUUUGAGAAUUUGUCAUGGUUCAACUUCUGUGUAAA